GUCUCUUCUCAGUCUUCUCCCCAUUGAAGGUAAUUUCGCUGCUCGAUCAUAGUCAAGAUUCUGCUGGGGCUUCCAAAUUUCUGGUUCAAUUUCCGGAAUCUUUCAUCUUAAUUCAUCAAUUUCAGAGAGCUUGCGAUCAUGGCUUUGUCGCAGAAGCUCCACGAGGCCUUCAAAGGAACUGUUGAGAGGAUCACAGGGCCUCGAACCGUCUCCGCCUUCAAAGAGAAAGGCGUUCUCAGUGUCUCUGAGUUCAUCAUCGCCGGUGAUAAUCUCGUCUCCAAGUGUCCCACCUGGUCUUGGGAGUCAGGUGAUAUAAACAAGAGGAAAUCUUACUUGCCUCCUGAUAAGCAGUUCUUGAUUACCAGAAAUGUUCCUUGCCUGCGUCGGGCUGCCUCUGUAGAAGAGGAGUAUGAAGCUGCAGGUGGUGAAGUUCUUCUUGAUAAUGAAGAUGGUGAUGGCUGGCUGGCGACGCACGGGAAACCAAAGGAAGAAAAAAGUGAUGAAGAGGAAAAUUUGCCUUCCCUGGAAACUCUUGAAAUCAGCAGGCCCAAGGUUGUUAAGUCAAUUCCAAACUAUUUUGGUGGUGAAGAUGAAGAGGAUAUUCCUGACCUGGCUGAUAUUGAAGAUACUGACAACGUUAUUGGAACUGAUGCAGCCACUCUGCCAUUGACCUACCAAAUUGCCCAUGAACCUGACAACGAUAAUAUCCUACGAACACGAACUUAUGAUGUCAGCAUCACGUAUGAUAAAUAUUAUCAGACACCACGCGUUUGGCUUACAGGAUAUGACGAGUCAAGGAUGCUCUUACAGCCAGAACUUGUACUUGAAGAUGUUAGUCAAGAUCAUGCACGAAAAACGGUGACCAUUGAGGACCAUCCCCACCUACCUGGAAAGCAUGCGUCUGUACAUCCCUGCAGACAUGGGGCUGUGAUGAAAAAGAUCAUUGAUGUGUUAAUGUCCCGAGGCGUAGAACCUGAAGUUCACAGGUAUCUUUUCUUGUUCUUAAAAUUUGUUGCAUCUGUUAUUCCAACUAUCGAAUAUGACUACACUAUGGACUUCGAUCUUGGCGGCCCUAGCAGUCGAUAACUGGGAUUGAUAAGCAUUGUGAGCACAUCCGGGUCACAGCUUCCAGCAUCCAUCUUAAAUUCAUGCUUGUGUACAUCAAAAUUGCUGCGGAUUCUUCAUUUUAGCAUUAUUUAUUGGAGCUUUAUUUUGGGUCAAGUAAAUUGCAUGUACAGAUUAUGUAGUCUCUUUUCUUAGUACUAUUUUCCAUCUUGCCUACAUUGGUUUUAGACUGUAAAUUUGUUCAUUUUUUAGCUAUUUCCUCUCGUAGAGACUCUGAAUUGUUUGCACUCCUUGACUAUGUUCUUGCUAAUGAUAAAGAUAAUUCGUGUAUUAGUAGCA